CCCUACCAUUCGAUUUGGAUAAGGCUUUUUCAAUCUUAUCCAUGCUGUGCUCUAUAAAGAAAAAAGAAAAAGACUUCCUUAUCCAAAAAGAAAAUGAAAAAAGAAAAAGAAAAAGAAAUUUGAGCUUGUGAUUAGCAAGUCAGAUUCUACAUUUAGAACCUUACUUUAAACAGGGAUAUCUACAAUUGGUUUAUGACAUUUAGAAGUGAUCAAAGCUGAGGAGAGGCUGUGGGAGUAAUUCAAGGGUGUUGGGGCUAUUUGUAUAGAUAAAGAAUUUCAUUGGUCCAAAAAGAAUGUGAUGUGGAGAAUGAACUCAGCCUGUUUCUUAAGAACCUUACUUUAAACAGGGAAAUCUUGCUUUUUUGGGAACGCGAAAUAAGAUGGGAAAAGGCUGAAAUAGGAAGAAGAGAUAAUGUUGCAAAAAGAUUUUGGGAUUGUUGUCUCUGAUUUCUUGUGCCUUGCUUUUUGUGAAGAUUUGAGUUACUUCUGUGAUUGCUCUUUCUGACAUUUGCUUUCUUAGUAUAUAUUCCUACAGAGCCAGAUUUAUUUCAUUGUCUUUAGUUUUACUUAUAGAGCUUAAGCCCCUUCUUUCUAGCCAGUGAAGAUUCUUAUUCUCUCAAAAACAACUUUUCUCUUAAAGCUAUAGCUAUAAGAGGCAACAUAAGAUGAAGUGAUUGUGACAGCAUAUGAGUUUGGGACAGCAUUGUAAGGAUAAUAUUAGAUUUUUCAUGAAAAUAUGUUGCUAUUGGACUCCAUGGAGCAUUUCCUUUUAGCUCUUUAAUAAACUUCUUUUUGUAAAUUACUAAAUUUUAAUAUUUACUCAUGAUUUCCUGGUUUGGGUUUCACAGCUUCACAUUAGUUUCAGAUACCAUAAAGGAAAUAAAAUUGCUUGGCAAUUGAGCAAACACAAUGAUAGAUGAGCGUGGUUCUUUUGCUGUGACCAGUCCCUUCCCAGGUCCGCUGCCAAAUUUUCUCAAGUCUAUCAAGAAAUUACCAGCUCGGGUUGCUUUGAUGGGUGAAGUUCUGCCUCUUAAAGAUGAAAAGGCUAGGUUGGCUGGAGAGAGCCUUAAGGAAGUCAUAUCAUCUGAAAGGAGCAUGAUAGAGAAGUUCUCUUACUCCGUUUCGGGUAUAUUGAGUUCAUCUAGCCUUGGUGCUACAUGCCGAGGUGACAAUCUCCCGGAAUUACUUGAUUCAGACAAACAAUAUGCUGUCCUCAAGUUCAAUCCAAGUUCAUGCAUGUAUAUUGACAGCAAUGGAGGGACUCAUGAAGUAGAUCUAGAGGAAGUCCAAGCAACAAAACCUGAUCCUUUGUCAUCAUAUACCAUGAGCCUGAUUGAUGGAAUUAAUCAAAGUGAGGCGAGGCGUAGAGCUCUAAUUCUCUUCUGCAUCACGCACUUGAAUAAGAACGCUAAGGACGCGUAUCUGCUUUCUAUUGAUCGAAAAGGAUUAGAUGUGCUGGGAAAAGUUUUAGGUCCAAUAAGGAGCGAUGGUUCUCGUGAAUAUGAGUGGAGGGAGUUGAGACUUGCAUUCAGAGAAGAGGCACACACUGUUGAAACAUUCUGCCGUCAGCUUGUUGAAAUGGAGGAGGAAGCACUCAAGAGUAUCUCCAACUUUAGUGGUAUAUAAAUAGGGUUGAAUCAGCAUCACACCGACAGUUUUGAAGAGAAAUCAAGGAGAAACUCUGAUGGACAGCCCCCACCAGGAACAACUGCAACAUAGGUCACUUUUCACCGGGGCAGUAGAGGGCCCUGGCUAGGAACAGCAAGAUGAACUGUAUUAUAUUGCAGAAGAUUUGGGCUGUGUUCAUAUCCUUGUAACCUAGAUCAUAAAAUGUUAAUAACUUUAGCUAAGCCAUGAAACCAUAGUUUGAGGAACGUUAUUCAUUGUGAUGCAAACUGUUUAAAACUGAUCGUUGGUGCGAGCUGCUUACCCCUCAUCUAUAAUCAAGGGGAUGUGUUUCAUUUUAAAUUUAAUAGAAGAGAAUAGUAUUAUUGUUAUUAUUA